AUGGCCCCCUCGCGGCCGGAGGAUCUCCAAUGCGCCGUGAACGGCAACUGCGCCGCCCCGCCGGGGAAACCCCUGGAGGCCCCGCCGGCGCUGGCCGCUGGGGACGGUGAGCUCCGGUGGCUGCGGCGGUGCGUGGAGGCGGCAGCGAAGGGCUUCGCCAUCGGCGCGGGCCUCAAGGGUGGCCUCGCGCUCUUCUCCGUCCUCGUCCGCAUCCGCAGCCGCCGCUCCCCCAGAUCGAGGAAGACCGGAGCUAUGACGAACGAGGAGGCCGUGGUGCUCGCGGUUAAGGAGACUGUGAGGUACGGCUUGUUCUUGGGGACCUUUGCCGGCAGCUACGUCUCCGUCGAUGAGUACAUCGCUGCCGUCUGGGGACGUAAGAGAACAGCAAGGUGGAGGUCAUUAUUAGCUGGGUUGAUUGCUGGUCCUUCUAUGCUCCUGACAGGACCAGGAACUCAGCAUACUAGCUUGGCUAUAUACAUUCUGAUGCGUGCAGCAGUGCUUGCAUCCCGUUGUGGAAUAAAGAGCAAACGUUUUGGAAAGAUCUGUAAACCUUUGACUUGGUCACAUGGUGAUGUCUUCCUUAUGUGCCUCUCAUCUGCACAAAUUUUGUCCGCAUACAUUUUAAAGCAGGAGAGUUUACCAUCGUCGUAUAAAUCAUUUCUAAACAAGCAUGGUGGAAAAGAUCUUUCUAUUUUGCAAGGUGUGAAGGAUGUAGUCAACCACACUGCUUUCAGUAACUUAGUGGGUAUCAAGAAGUACUACAAAUCUGUUGGUGUUGACAUAAAGCUAGAUCCGAACAUGAAAGUGCCCUGCUCAAUUGUGCAUGGUAACCAGUCAUGUACAGGACAUGUCUUUUCAUUCUUGUUACAAGCAUAUGGAAGAGCAGUUCCUGUAUACGUUCCAGUCUACUUAGUCCCUGCACUUGUAGUUCAUAGGCAGCAUCUCAUGAAAAGGCCUUACUCAAUUAUAGGGAAGAGUUUUCUAGGAGUAGCAAGAUCUAGUCUGUUUCUCUCAGUAUACUGUGCAUCUGCAUGGGCUUGGACCUGCCUGCUUUUUAGGACCUUCCACAGAGCCAAUACCCCUCUUGUCAUCCUUGGCACGUUUCCAACAGGUCUGGCGUUGCUUAUCGAGAAGAAGAGCAGGAGAAUUGAGAUAUCCCUGUACUGUCUUGCCAGAGCUAUCGAGAGUUUUUUCACAUGGAUGACCGAUGCAGGACUCUGCCCUCCAAUACUGCUGAUAAAGCAAGCCGAUGUGGUUGUGUUCAGCAUAGCUACCUCUAUCAUUAUGCACUGCUAUGCGCAGGAAAGAGAAGUCUUCCGGUCCAAGUACCUGAAUGUGCUGGACUGGGUAUUUGGUGUGCCGCCACCACCUGACAGUGAGGAUAAGAAUUGCUAUCGGCCAGAUGAAGCCAAGAAAUGCCAGUGA